CGUGCAGAGCCGCGCCCUUUGCGCUCCGUGUGGUGGAACCGGCGACCCGCGUUCGUCCUCCUCCGCUGCUUUGUUAGAAAAAAGAAAAGGUUGAUCUAUCGAGUUUUCUCGAGGGCUGUCGGGACAGCCUGUGCUCGCCUCGUGCGGAGCGGUGUUUACACCACCACCCCCGUGAUCUUGCGCGGUGACGGUCGGUUGGUGAGAGCGCAAGAGGGCACGUUGACAUCCGAGCGGUAACAGCCUUGACCAAGAAGCGUCGAGCUAGAACGGAGAAGAGCAUUUGUGCCAAGUCUUUAAUGACAUCCAUUGCUUAAACUUUUACGCGCGUACGACGGCCGAGUUGGCCAUUGGCACGCGUUGGCAUCAUCCAGCUGUAGUCGUCGUCGUCGACCGCCACAAUCGGAAGCAGACUCUAUUUUCAAACAACAUCUCUCUAACACACGCACACACACAUCCACAUAACAAAAAAAAUACAUAAACACCGCCGGGGACCCAAUGGCUUCAAAAUCGCGGAGCGUGCGCCGCGCCUUGGCCGUGGCCAAUUCAUUCGAGGUGUUGUACCGCGCCUCCCUCUGCUGCCUGCUACCCUUCAUCCCCAUCUACCUGAGGCACCUGGGCAUCAGCGCCGACGCUCUCGGGGUGAUCUCGGCGGUGCGCUCUCUGCUCGCGCUCGGCCUGGCACCGCUGCUGAGCCGCUGCUGGGCGGGCUCGGCGAGCGGCCUCCGAAUUGGGAUGGUGGCCUUCCUGCUCGUGGCCGUAGCGGCCAAUUUGAGUCUGACGGCCAUCAAGCCGGACGGCUACGGUGUUGGUGAUGACGGAGCGCUCUCUCCUCUUGCUGCUGCUGCCGGCCGUCUAAAAGAUCAUCGCUAUGGGGACAACGCAGAUACGGAAGGAUGCGCUACCGGGUGGACACUGGUGGUGGAACCUGCUUCUGAUAUUCAUCGCAGCGGUUGGCCGUUUGCGAGACCCAAAGCGAACACCAACAGCAGCAGCAGCAGCACCACGCCGCAGCCCAACGCUACCGCGUGGACGUCCAACAGCACUCUGCGGGAGUCAUCAGCAGCGCUACUGCCAGCUGUCGACAACAGCAGCAGCAGCAGCGCUGUUCCACCAACAGCACCCGCGUCCACCGCGAACACCACCCACCCGGAGCAGCAGCAGCGGGGAGUGAACGUGAGCGACCGCGGUUCGGUCACGUCGGGCACUCCUCGCGGGGUCGCCCUGCUACGCGACGUGUUCCUGCAGGAGCCCGCGUUCUUCUACGUCCUCCUGGCCGUCAGCACGGCCGGGGUGUGCCUGUCCACGGUGCAGGCCGCGAGCCGGAGCUCUCUGCGCUCCUACAUCAGGAAGCGAGCGGCCUCCGCGGCUCUCGACGGCGGCGCUUCGGCCGCGGUGGCCGCGCUCGCUCCGGCCUCGUGGCCCCGCUACUCGGGGUCCCUGGGUCGCAGGGCGGGCUACGUGGCGGCGGCCGUGGCGGUGUUCGGCGUCUGCGCCGUCGUGGCCCACCUGGACUGCAUCAUCGCGCUCGGGAUGAGCAGACUGACCGUGCACUUUUACGCGUUCUCGCUCGGCUCCUCGUUGGCCAUGCUGCCAGCGCUCUUCUACCCUUCGUCGUCAUCAUCGCCGUCGUCGUCGUCACCGUCGUCUUCAUCGCCGUCGACGAAGGUCGCCCACUCCGAGAAGACCUCCCAGCAACUGCUGGAUGGCGCCGUGGCGAGACGUGAGCGGGUCCGCGGAGUCGCUUACCUCGUCGCGGCGUUCGUGUCCGGAGUCGGUGCCGUGUCCGUGGACAACUUCCUCUUCUGGCACCUCGAAGACGCGGGAGGCACGCAGCUGCUGCUCGGCUCCUCCGUGGCCGCGGCGUGCCUGGCCAAGGCGGUGUUCUUCACCUCGCAGUGCUCCCACGCAGCCGAUGACGAAGCGACCGCCUCGCCGCGGUGCACCCGCUGCGCCGUCUGCUCGCCUCGCGUGCCGCCCGGCGUCUCGGCUUUCCUCGCCCUCGCCUGCACCGCCGGGCAGCUGGGCGCAUUCUCCUUCGUCUCGUCGGCGCCGUGGCUGGUGUUGCCCGCACAGCUCCUCUCCGUGCUGGGCGGCCCGGCUCUGCGCAGCUCAUCCAUGCGCCACUCGGAGCGGAGCCAGGUUGGCGCCGGGGGCGCAGCGAGCACCGAGGGACACCUGGGACCCGAAGGAGUCGCGUGGGUGAUCGGGAGGGACCGCCUGUUCGCGCUGUGCCACGGCCUCGGCUGCGCGGCCGGAGGAGUGGCGAGCGGUGUGCUCGUCGCCGGCUAUGGCUACGAGGUGCUGUUCCGAGCGUGCGCUGUCGGCACGGCCACGUGGGCCGUGAUCUUUGCCGUCGUGCAGCUGCUGUGCCGGAAGCCGCGCGUGCGUUACUCGCACCUGCUCGCCAGAACGUCCAGAGACGACGACGACGACUUCGCGUACAGCGAGGACGAUUCGGAUUCCGAGGAGGAGGAAGAGGGGGAGGAGGAUGGUAGCACCAAGAAGCUUCUGCCCGGCACGGACGCUUGAGGGUUGAUGCCGGUUUGUGGGUCGUGGUGGGUGUUGUUGUUGUUAAAUUUCAAGUUCACGUUGGAGAGGGGCGAUGGUUGUUUUUUUUUUAACCAGGUGAGAACUCGGGAGACCAGGAUGACUCUCGUUUGCAAUAGUUACCUGGGAUGAUGAUGAUGAUGAUGGUGGUGGUGGAGCUGAAAAGAGGUGCUGUGUGAUUGUGGUCCCUAAUUGGUUGGUUAUCUUCAAGACCCCCCCCCCCCACCAUGCUCCAUCUGAUGGACAUUGAUCACCGCUGACUCGUAAAACUGGCUCCUUAAUAAUCUUGCAACAAUUGUAAUUUGGCCCCUAUAUCGUUAGCCAACAAUUGGUAAUUGUUUACUAAAUGUAGUGAAUGUUACCAAUUGUUAUGCGUUAGCUGAAUUUGUCAUUUUAUACAAACUGAAACCCGUAAGCGCGCAUCCUCUUUCAUCAGUCAUCCGCAAAUCGUAUUCAUCAACCGUAUCGCCAUGAUACUAAUCCUCCCAUCGGUCAUCAAUCACUCUUGAUCAUGAUCAUUAUUUAUAAUCCUCGCGUCCAUCCUUUCGAUGCAUUUUCCCUUCGGCUCAUCAAUCUUCCCUUCAUUAUAAUCCUCAUCGCGUCAUCGCCCCCCCCCCCCGUCAACCCCCCCCCCCGUCAACCCCCCCCCCCCCCGGCGCCCAUCCAUCUACACGCAACCCGUGUUUCGUCAUUGUCACGGCCGCGUCCUCUCAGCGCUCGGGAGAAAGCAUCGCAUUGACAACGCGUGCUCUUCUUCUUGGUUCUUUCGGUAAAGUCACGUAGAAGGGAAGUAAUAAAAUAAU